UGUUCUAUGUGGGCAAGGUAAAACUUCAGUCAAGUGAAGAAAGCAACACCUCACUAAAUGUAGAAAUAAUUAAUAACACAACCAUCAACAAAGUUACAAAAUUAAUUGCAAUUCCAGCGCCUACCUCACCAGAAUUGAGGCUUUCAGAAUUCAACAAAACCUUGCAAGCAGUAAGUGAGUCCUCUGUUAUGGAAUGCAGGGCAGAAAACCAGAGUAUACAAUGCAAUUUCAUAAUGAAGCUGGCUGAGAGUGAGAAUGUAAGCAGUUUAACAGACAAAGCAGAAAUAAGCCAACUUGAACGAUGCUGCUGUUCAUCACUGGAGUAUUGUUCCUUGACUGCUGAAGAAUUACAAAUGUAUACUAUAGAAGUGCCACCGCAUUCUAUAUGGAUUCCUUUUCCUCGUUUUCCUUCUCUCCCUAAAAAGACUUCCCCCAAAUCUAAUACUUUUAUUUCUCCCACUAUGCUUUCUACCAAACAAAGCCCCACAAUCAGACCACUGAUCACACCAUUCACAGAAAAACCUUUUUCUAGAACUCCCUCACAGAAUCACAGAAUCACAGAAUCACACUCCACAUCUCCCACUACAAAUCCUCUCUCUGAAACUUCUCCCAUACCUACUACUGAAACAUCUGUGUCUUCCACCAGUGUUACCACUACAUUUUCCUCUUCUGAGUCUCUUGCUCAACCCACCAUGCCAACUUUUCCUUCCAGAGCUUCUAAUAAAUCUGUCACUAUUUCCACAUCUGCAGCAAAGUCUGUCACUAAUGCUGCUUUCUCAGUUAAAUCUGAUGCUGCAUAUCUUACCAAGCCUGUUACAAUAACUUCUCCUUCUGUAGGUUUCACUAAACAUUCUGCAGUUUCCUUUUCUGAGCUUUCCCUCAAACCUCCAACAGCAAUUCCCCACUUUGAGACUACCACCAAAUCUGCUGCACAAAUUCCUCCUGCUACAAAUUCGACCCAACCUAUUUCUGGUAACAAAAACAUUACUGCACCACCUAUUCCUCCCCGUACUCCUUUCUCAAUAACUUUGACCCCCACUGUUAGUCCUAUCAACCAUUCUGUCUCAGCUCCUCAUCCUCAUGCUACUGCUGGUGGCCAUGGUAGCCCAGGAAAGAUCCUAUCAUCUACCACAUACACAACUUCUGUAUACACCACCAUUAAUAUCACCACAGCUGAGCAAAUUGUGUCCAAAAUAGAAAAUGAUUUAGCAGCUGGAAAAGUAGAGCCAAAAGAUGUAGAAAGGAUGGUUAGUGAGGUUAGCAAAGUCCUGACUGCUUCUCCACCAUUACCACCCCAAAUUUCCAACAGAAUUAUAAAGCUGGUGGAUUAUAUUGGCUUAAAACUGAACUUUUCAGCCAUGUCUGCUGAUUUUGCCUCCCCUUCCUUGGCUCUGGCAGUUGUCAAAACCAAUAGCAUCCGCUCCAACCAAAUGUCUUUUGCUGUCCAGGACUCGGCUGAUCUCCAGAUCUCUUUAGGCAUUAAUGCAAUUCAUGAUUUAAAUAAUCUCGGAUCAAUUACACUUCCUACAUCAUUGCUGACGAAUUUACCCCCUCAAGAGCUUGACUUGGCUUCUAGAAUUAUAUUCAACUUCUUUAAAAAGACCACUGUGUUCCAGGAUCUGUCCUUGAAGAAUGCAUCUUUAAUCAGCAAUGUUAUAUCUUCAAGUGUUGCUAACCUCACAAUUAGCAACUUGAAGGCAAAUGUUACUGUCACUUUACAGAAUAUCAAACCUAAUCAG